GCGAGAGCGUCCGUCAAAGCUAACGGACCGUGGAGCUGUAGGCACGUAUUCUCCGUCUGUCGAAUCCGCGGCAUCCCGUACAGGUUCAUGGACUUCUGACUGGGGCCGCUGAGACAGAAAACCCAACCUUCACCCUAAGGCGCAGUAUCAUUUUCAUUUAACUGUUAUCCAUGAGAUUCUUCAGGCUUACCUUCAAGUGCUUCGUCGACUGCUUUUGAAUCUCCUCCGUCAACGGCUCAACUGACCGCGGCGCUUUGUGAAAAUUUCCAUCUCUCGGCUGAGCUGAGGGGUUCAAACGUGCGCUACAACCACAAAAACUGCGAUUUUUUGUUUUUGUUUUGUUUUUGAUUUCAGGAAGGAGGAAAAAAAACUCCGAUUAAAAAAAAAAGACGACUGGAGCACUGAAUCUUGUGGCUGCAUCUCUGUUGUCUGCCUCUCUGAGCCCCGCCGGGUGCCUUUUUAUCAACCAGGCAUUUCUAGCUGAAACUUCGGCUGCUGCCCUUGGCUAAAUAAAAAUAUUAUAUAUAUAUCUAUAUAUAAAAACAGCUUUUUGAAAGGAGAAAAAUAAGUAAAUACAUCGUUUUUGCGCCGCUACCCAACAGUAUGUCACCUGAGUUGGAAGAGAACAGCCAAGGUUCAAAAACAGAAAGGUGACAUCAGUGUCCCCCAGCUGGAGGCAGGGACCCUGUCGGAGGAGGAGGGCGGGGGAUCGGCUCGGCCCCUGGUGCCAAUGCCCGGAGGGGGCCCGGGCUGCGAUGAGGGCGGGGGGGCCGGCCCGCCACAGUCCCAAGACGGGGCUGCAGCUGGGACUGGAAACGGGUCUGUAACGGUACCGGUGGUGGAGAGGGAAACCUGGACCAGACAGAUGGACUUCAUCAUGUCCUGCGUGGGUUUUGCCGUCGGCUUGGGCAACGUGUGGCGGUUCCCGUACCUCUGCUACAAAAACGGAGGAGGGGUUUUCCUGAUCCCUUACUUGCUGAUUGUCUUCAUCGGGGGAAUCCCAGUUUUCUUUCUGGAGAUUGCACUCGGCCAGUUCAUGAAGCAGGGAGGCGUCUCUGCCUGGAACAUCGCGCCUCUCUUCAAAGGUCUGGGACUGGCCUCUAUGGUGAUAGUGUUCUUCUGUAACACCUACUACAUCAUGAUCCUGGUGUGGGGCCUCUACUUUCUCUUCCACUCUUUCACUAACCCGCUGCCCUGGGCCACCUGUGGACACGCCUGGAACACUCCCAACUGUACGCAGGACUUCCGACGCGCCUGCCACAACCGCAGUGCUGCCCAGUCUGCUCCGCCAUCAGCUGAUGCCACCCCCUCCAACCUCCUCUCCUCCACGUCCCCGUUGAACCUGUCCUCAGCUCAGCUUUUCCUCAAUGGCAGCUGCGUGGAAGCUGAGGGCAUGCGCUCCCCAGUCAUCGAAUUCUGGGAACGUAAAGUGCUUCGUCUGUCUGGAGGGUUGCAUGAGCCUGGCGAGAUAAGCUAUGAGAUGGUGCUUUGCCUCAUAGUCACUUGGAUCAUUGUUUACUUCUGCAUGUGGAAAGGAGUUAAAUCUACUGGCAAGGUUGUGUACUUCACAGCACUGUUCCCCUACCUGGUUCUGGUCGUUCUUCUGGCCCAUGGCGUCACGCUACCCGGGGCUUUGGAUGGGAUUGUUUACUACCUGAAACCAGACUGGUCCAAACUUGGAGAAGCACAGGUGUGGAUUGAUGCUGGCACUCAGAUAUUUUUCUCCUAUGCCAUCGGACUUGGUGCCCUGACAGCGCUGGGCAGCUACAACCGCUUCCAUAACAACUGUUACCAGGAUGCAUUUGUGCUGGCCCUCAUUAACAGUGGAACCAGCUUCUUCGCAGGCUUUGUCGUGUUUUCUGUGCUUGGUUUCAUGGCUGCAGAGCAGGGAGUGGACAUCAGUAAGGUAGCUGAGAGUGGUCCGGGCUUGGCCUUUAUAGCCUACCCCAAGGCUGUGACUCUGAUGCCUCUGGCGCCGCUCUGGGCAGCACUCUUCUUCUUUAUGUUACUCAUACUGGGCCUGGACAGUCAGUUUGUAGGUGUAGAGGGUUUGAUAACAGGAAUCAUGGAUAUGCUGCCGCCGAAAUCUGCCCUGGGCUCACUGCGGCGAGAGGUGGUGGCUGCCAUCUGCUGCUUCAUCUGCUUCCUCAUUGACAUGUCCAUGGUCACCGAGGGUGGGAUGUAUGUCUUCCAGCUGUUUGACUACUACUCUGCCAGUGGCAUCACUCUGCUGUGGCAGGCCUUCUGGGAGUGUGUGGUGAUUGCAUGGGUUUACGGUGCGGACCGUUUCAUGGACGACGUCGCUCGUAUGAUCGGCUAUCAGCCCCUGCCCUACAUGAAGUGGUGCUGGUCCUACAUAACACCGUUUGUCUGUGUGGGAGUGUUCCUGUUCCACGUGGUGAACUACAAGCCUUUGACCUACAAUACGGUGUACACAUACCCUAUUUGGGGUGAAGUGCUUGGCUGGGCACUGGCUCUGUCGUCUAUGCUCUGUAUUCCUCUCACCGUUCUCUACAAACUACUGCGCUGCAAAGGAUCUUUGCGGGAGCGAUGGCAACAUUUAACGACCCCAGUGUGGGGCAGACAUCACCUGGAGUACCUGGCCCCAGAGAGCGAAGCCAAACUGCUGCCGCCUGCAGGCACCAAGAGCACACUGCUCUUUGAGAGUGUUAUUUGAUGAGCUUAGCUCUACAGAGCCAAGGUCAUCUUUGGCAUCAGCGCACACAUUCACAAAAUACAUCCACAGUACACUCACCUGGUAUGAGCAAAACACAGAUUAGUUAAACACUCGACAGUUUUAAAGCUACGACAAAGCCCUGGACAAAUGGACCAAAGAUUAGAUUGAAGAACUGAAACACGCCCCCGCACCCAUAUCAUCACCACUACCUGCUCUGUUUUUCUGACUCUACCUCGCUGGCUCUCCCGUCUCUUUCCGCCCCCCCCCCCACCCACUCCCCACACCCCGCCUUUGUGCUGUCCUGUCUCGUCUUGUUCUGUGAGCGUGCAGUUUAUCUGGUAUCGUUGCAAUAUCUUCCCUUUCCACAUUUUUCUGUCAAGUUUACGUCGGCCGCACCUGUCUCGAGCUGUCACGACUUGUGUUGUUUUUUCUGAAGCAGAAACCUAUACCAAUCCGGUAAUACUUUACUAAUGAGAGACCUCAUAACUGCUGCUGAUAAUGCCAUGGCCUGAGUGAGUAUGUGUGUAAAAGCAUGUAUGCCUGUGCCUGCCCGGUGUGUUGGGGUGCGCAUGUGUGUGUAAGAAGAAGCGCUUGUUGGACCUUGGCAGUGGUGUAUUCAUUUACAUGUGGCAUCGCCUUUGAUCAUUGUUUUUCUGCCGGCUGUGCUCUCUGCAUUAACUAUACAAAAAAAAUAACUUCCAUUUGCAAAAAAAAAGAAAAAAAAAAGAAUAAUCAAUGCAUCACCACUUCCAGAUGUGUAUUAUAAACUAACUUAAGUAUCCUGUGUAUUGUAGGGUCUGUGAAUCAGUGUUAAUAGUGGGAGGGGAUAAUGAUUGUUAUUUCCACAUUAAGAGAAGGAAAGAAACUUCUGAUUGAACCAUGUAACGAGCAGGAGGCCGUGGGGUUGUGGGGAGGGGAAAGAGACUUGAUGCGAUGUCACGAGAGAAGCAAUAAACACCCAGAUAAAGAUGGAAGUAAAAUGUU